AUGGGGACUGUUCAGGGCACAGAGAGGGGAGCAGACUGGGAGCAGCAGCAGCAGCAGCCGCUGCAGCAACAGCAGGAGGAGCAGCAAUACGAUCAGCAGCCAGGGGAGAAACGGCUCUGGCAGGAGGAGCAACAGCAACAGCAGCAUGAGGAGGAGCAGCAGAAGCAGCACGAAUGGAGGGAGGGAGCGCAGCAACAGCACGAGCAGCAGCUACACGAGAAGCAAGAUGAGCAGCAGCAGCAGCUGCUGCUGCUGCAUCGGACAGAUCCGCCCGGCUAUACGGUGCAACGAGAGAAGCAGCAAGACAUGCUGCAGCAGGAGCAGCAGCAGAUACCUAACUGCCUACUGCAGCAAGAGCAGCAGCAGCAGCAGCAGCAGCAGCAGCAACUCGUGCAGAGCUAUAGAGAAGCCAGCAGUAGUUCUUUCCCCAUUGUUGGAGACGAACAGCUGAGGAGACAGCAGCAGCAGGAAAAGGACGAACAGCAACAACAGGGAUACGUGCAGCAGCAGCAAGAGCACGAACAGCAGCAGCGGGAGCAGCACCACGAGGACCAGCAGCAGCAGCAUUGGCUUGAACAGCAGCAGCCGCAGCAGCAAAAGCAACAAGACAAAAAGGAAUAUGAUAGCCAGACGCAACGGCCAGCAGAGAAGCAAGUGCAGCAGAAUCUGCAGCAGCAGCAGCAGGAACAGAAGCAGCAGCAGACGCAGCAGCAGAAGGAACAGCAGAAGCAGCAGCCCCACCUGAAGAAUCAUCUCCUUUGUGGCCUUGAGCAGCACGAACAGCAGCAGCAGCAGCAGCAGCACGAAGAGAACGUGCAGCAGCAGCAGCAGCAGGCAGCUGCCCCUAUAUGUGGGGCGAAGGGGUGUGGGGUCGUCCAUGAAGGUGGGAUCGUCUCUCCGGGAUCGGGGAUCGUCUGUCCCGGGAGCGGGAUCGAUUUAUUUGUUACUGCAGCUGACGCAGCAGCAGAACCUGUGGGGCAGAAGGCAGCUUACUCUGCUGUAUCUACUGAGGGGGCCCCAGGGGCCCCCGUGUCCUCUCCUUUCUUGCUUCCUCCUCAGCCUGCUGGAGUUGAAUCAGCUGCAACAGCAGCACCAGAUGCAGCAGCAGCAGCAGCAGCAAGAGAAGAUGAAGCAGGAGCAGCAUUACCAGGAGCAGCAGCAGCAGCAUUACCAGCAGCAGACCCAGCAGCAGCAGCAGCAGAAUCACCAGCACGACCACCAGCAGCAGCAGCAGGAGGUAGAAGCCGUGGUCGGGUACGUGAUAUAGGUAUAGAUGAAGACAGCAGCAGCAGCAGCAGCAGCAGCAGCAGCAGCAGCAGCAGCAGCAGCAAGAAUGUAAUACGUCGUGAUUGUUCAGGAUCUGUCUCCUGGCGAUUAAGUGAUUCUGUCUUUAGACAAAGAAUAAGAGAGAUAUGCGCAAGAGCAGCAAGAAAGGAGACACCUGUCUCCUCUUCAUCAUUAUCUUCUGCUGCUGCUGCUGCUGCUGCUGCUGAUGGUGAUGGACCUGCAGCAGGUGCUAGUGAUAGUGCUGCUAUUACGCACCCUAGAUACAGCAACAGCUGCAGCAGCAGCAGCAGCAGCAACAACAGCAACAGCAAUGCGAAUAACAUUGAUAGUGACGGCAGCAGCACCCCUGCAUGCUGCUGUUACCGCAACGGUACAUACAGAGGCAGCAGCAGUAGCAGCAGCAGCAGCAGCAGCAGUAGCAGCACGGAUAUACCUCGUCGUGGUCGCAGCAAGACUCUAGGUAUAACAGAAUUAAGAAGAAGAGCAGCAGAAAUAGAGAAAGGGUCUCCUUCUGCAUUGGAGACACCUAACCUUCUUGAUGAAGUACAAUAUGUACGAUUUAAACUCGCAGAUAAAGCAUUAUGCAUCUUCCUAGACUAUGAUGGUACAUUAACGCCAAUAGUGGCAGACCCGCGAGAGGCGAAGAUGUCUUCUGCCUUUAGAAGGACAUUAAAGAGGCUUGCUGCUGUAUUCCCUGUAGCUAUCGUAACAGGUCGCCGUUUAGAGACAAUUCGCUCUUUUGUUGGUUUAUCUGAUUGUCCCCGUCGUCGCUCUUUGAUGUUUGCCGCCUCUCAUGGCUUUGAUAUCGAUGCUGCUGGAUUUGGUAUACAUCUUAGGCAUCAGGUAGGAGAAGCAAGUGUCUCCGCCCUUCGUGCUGCAGUUGCUGCUCUUCUAUCAGAGGUGGGGCCCCUUAAGGGCCUCUAUGUUGAAGAUAAUUACUUCUCUGUCUCCAUUCACUACAGACAUUGUCCUGAAUAUAAAUCUUUAUUAGAAGAAAAAGUAGAUAAAAUAUUAAUUAAUUAUCCAUCCUUAAAGAAAUGUUUUGGCUUAGAACUUUUUGAUAUUCGAAUUAAAACACAAUGGGAUAAAGGAUAUGCUAUUCAUUGGAUUCUUCAUACUCUUGGGCUUAAUCCUUAUAGUAGCCAGUUGGGUAUAAUAUAUGUAGGAGACGAUUUAACAGAUGAGGAUGCAUUCAAGGUAGUAAGAGAUUAUGCAUGCGGUCUCCCUAUUAUAGUGUCUCCUCGUAAAAGAGACACAUUAGCUAUAUUACAUCUAGAUAAUGUUUAUGAGGUAUAUUUAUUCUUAGAGAUAUUAAUACAUUUUCCUUGUACUAAUGCAUUACAUGAAUUAAGAAAAGUGUUGGGUAUACCAAAAGAGUUGGCCUGA